CCCGUGACUCUCCCAGGGAGCCCGGGACUGAGGGGACCGGAAGUGGAGCAGCCGUCAGUGGUCUCUAACCGUGGGGAGCUCGGACGGACUUGAGGGGGCCGCCGUAGCCACUCCCUCGCGUGCUCGGGCUUUCCCGCGAUGGGCUCGAGAGGAGCCCUGCUGUGGAGGCAGCUGCUGCUCGCGCUCCUGCCGGGACUCUGCCUGGGCCAGGGCCACUUGUUCCCCGCCGGCAGCGGCCUGGGCUCAGUUUCGCCAGCGCUGGACCUCCGCCGCCGCCCGGUCCUGCUGUCCGAGCAGCAGGUGCUGGAGGCGCGCGACUUGUCCCUGUCGCUGCUGCAGGGCCAGGGGCUGGGCCCGCCGUCGCUGUCGCUGCCCCCUGAUCUGCCCGAGCUGGAGCCCGAGUGCCGGGAGCUGCUGCUGGACUUCGCCAACAGCAGCGCGGAGCUGACGGGAUGCCUGGUGCGCAGCGCCCGGCCCGUGCGCCUCUGCCAGAGCUGCUUCCCGCUCUUCCAGCAGGUCACCGGCAAGAUGGACAACAUCAGCCGAGCCGUCGGGAAUAUGUCAGAGAGCCAUAAUUGUGCCAAAAAUCUCUUGAUGUUGGACAGGAUGCAAAUUGUAGUGAUUCUUUCUGAAUUUUUUAAUACCACGUGGAAAGAAGCAAAUUGUGCAAAUUGUUUAGCAAAUAAUAGUGAAGAACUAUCAAACAGCACAAUUAAGUUCCUUGAUCUAUUCAAUCAGACUUUGACAUGCUUUGAGCAUAAUCUUCAGGGAGAUUUGACCAAUUUUCUCCAGCAAAGAAAUUACACAGAAGUGUGCAAAAACUGCCAGGAAAUAUACAAAACCCUGAGUAUGUUUUAUAGUGAGCUGCAAAAAAAGAAUGAACAUGAGAAUAAGGCUGAACCUGGAACACAUCUAUGCAUUGAUGUGGAAGAUGCAAUGAAUAUUACUCGAAAACUUUGGAGUCGAACUUUCAACUGUUCAGUUCCCUGCAGUGAUACAGUUCCUGUAAUUGCUGUUUCAGUGUUCAUUCUCUUUUUACCAGUAGUUUUCUAUCUUAGUAGCUUUCUUCACUCAGAGCAAAAGAAAAGAAAACUCAUUUUGCCUAAGCGUCUUAAAUCCAGUACCAGCUUCGUAAGCAUUCAAGAAAAUUCAAACUAAAGCCAAAAAAAGGUGAACUGAAAUUAUAUACCAUGAAUAAAUGGUUGAGGAAGCAACCUACGCAGAAAGAAGAUAAGUCCAUCUACGUUAAUCAACAGUUCUGUUACUGACUGCUAAAUGAGUUAAGGUAAAAAUCUUAAUAUAUGUCAGAUUCUUAACUGUGGGGCUAUGUGGGGAUUUUAAGCUCAUUAUAAAAUGAGACUAAUCUCUUCCCAUAGGUUUUUUGUACUUAUUUUGGGGCCCCUUUGUUGGGUUAAGAUUUUUGUAUAUGCCAUGUGUAGCAAUGGUUAUCUAUGUUACAAUGCUUUUGUAUAGUAACAAAUAAAUGUAAGUGUAGUUUUUGUUUAAAGGCAUGUUGAUCCUAUUUAACCUUUUAUAGGGUAAAUAUCUCAAAUAGGAAAACAAGCAAUUUUGAAAUUUAGAUAUUUGGCUUAUAAUUAGCAAGUACUUUAUUUGUUGAUCUUAAUGAUUUACAUCCAAGAUAUAGAAAAGGAAAUAUACUCCCUUUUAAACAACAUUAAACACAUCACUGAGAGGAGUGAGUGUGCUGGCCAUUCUACAUUUGCUAUAAAUGGAAUUCAGCAAAAACGAUAAUUAAUCUCCACUGUAGUACUGUUCAAUAUUUACUAAUCUCUUGGUCAUCUGCAUGCAGUAUUUAACUAAAAUUUCUAAUUUUACUAAAGUAAUUUUUGAAACUACUUUAAACUUUUCCAAUAAUUUAUAAAAGAAGGCACUUUAGUAUGUAAAUCUAGGAAAAGAUUUAUAGUGAUUGCCUUGUUCUUACAUACCUUUUAGGAACAGUAUUUAACAGUAUGUUUUUGUCUUUAUUUUAAAACAAAUUGGUAUUAUUCAACUACUAUAACCUAAGUUUUAAUAAUUUAGGGCACAAAGAUGUUCUUUGCAAACAAAGGAGCUGCAUUUUUAAUCAAAUUUUACUGCUUGGUACCUUAUUGCUUUAUUACAGCAUUAAAUCAAAUGAAACCAUAAUUAUACCAUUCUAAAAAUGUAGCUUUACAUCGAAUUUUUGUGUUAGGGUACUGGAUAGAUGUGGGGGAAUUUUUUUGGGGGGGAAGUGUGGAGGGAAUAUGACAAGGAAAAUCCAAGCCACUUUAGGUAAUAGAAGCAUAAGUGACUCGGAAUAUUUAAUUUAUUCUAAUAUUAUUAAACUACUAAUGUUUGAUGGCACAAGCCUAAAUGGCUCAAAUAAGUAGUGUAUUAAUAUAAUUCUUUAAUUUUCAUAAUUCUGUGAAAUGUAUGUAGUUGAAAUGAAGAUAGAAGUUUCACCAAGCUUUCUUUUAAAAGUCAAUCCUAUUUUCUGAUAUUUAGUUUAACUUAAAAAAUAGCUUAGUGUCAGCAUUUGGCACCUAUUCUCAGGUUUUUAGAGUUAGGGUUCUUUAUUAAUGCUUUUUUCAUUUUGCUGUUGUUUGACUUAAGAAAAUAUGAAAAUAAUUGUUCUUUGUAGGAAUUCAUUUUUGGUAAAACAGUAAGAGACUUCAUUUCCAUGUCUAAGUUAUAUGUAUGGUAUAUGAGAGAAGGCUGAUUCUUGGCUGUUUAACAGAAAACAAGUUUUUGUUCUUUCCUGGGCUCCAUUCCUAAACUUUCUGGAUUUGUUCAGCUGCCACCUUCUAUGCUGUUGCUAAUAGCAUUAUCUUGAUUUGAAGAAUCAUAUGAUUGAGUGCUGUUGAAAGCAAUCUUUUAUUAAUGCUAACAAAACCAGUUUACAUGUCCAAAGUUAGAGAAUGACAGCUUUGAUACUCUAAGUAGUGGCUUCACGGCUAAGUAGUCAUGAAAGUCAUUACUUUUGGAUAUGGUAAAUAAGCACUUUAAAAAUGAAAGGGCAGCCUUCAUUUUUCUUCUGACUGACUCACGUGACUUUAGAAAUGGCAGUCAAAACAAACUUCUGAAAUGAUCCUGUUUAAAUAUUGCAUAAUCAUUGCAUAGUUCUACAUUCUGGAAGCAUAACAUACAUAUAUGUUCCUAAAGUAUGUUAAGUUGCAUUAACAUGGUAGGUUUUAAAAUAAAUUACCUAAAGGAAAUUUCAAUACUGCUUUUGAUUUUUUUUAAAUACCACUGUUUCCAGGUUGUAAUUUCACAUUGCACUUUAUUGAGUUUUCAGAGCCUUCUUUUGAGUAUUAGGCAUUUGUAUUUCAACUGAAAAUAAAAGAUAUUUACAUUUUUGGGUAACAUUUUAAUUUAAAAUAAAAAUUAUAUGUAAAAUUGUGAAGUAUUAUGCAAUAUCACUGUAGUUGAAUCUGAUUAUUUUUACCCUCUGUUUAGUAACUGUUAUUUCUAAUAGGACCAAUAUUUUUGUAAUAGCAUAUAGGCAGUUUGCAUUCUCUACCAUACUUCCUUCUUAAAGCUACAUGAAAGCAUGUUGGAUUUGUAAACAGAGGUCCUGGGUUCAAAUCCAGUUCUGCCAGAUACCAAGUAUUACCUGUGUGACCUUAGACAAAUCACUUAAUUUCUCUGGGGCUUCAGUUUUCUUAUCUAUAAACAAUGAGAGAGUUUGGUUAGAUCACCCCAGAGGACCCUUCUAAUUCUAUGAUCCUUUAAUCUACUUUCCUUGGGGAGUAAUAUUAAAAUUGGUAGUUCUGUUCCAGGCCAGGGAUCAUACAUGAUGAAUAAUAUGUCCGAAAAUACAAAGAUACAAUAUGUCAGAAAAUACAAAGGUAUGAUAACAAGUUUCUAUAAUAACAAAAUAAAACUAUACUCCAAGUCAUAGAAUUUAAGAAUUGGAAUGAACUUUAGAGAUCAACUGAUUCAGCACCCUCAUUUUACAGAUGAAAAAAUUAGGCACAGAGGGAUAGAGAGACUUGCCUUAGGGCACACAGUCCAUUGCUCAUUAUAACACACUGCCAGUCAUAGGUAUGUUUUUAAAAACUGAUAUAUAUUGAUUAGUCAAGGAACCUCGAUAUUGCUAUGAAUAUAUGUACACCAUAUUAGAAAAGACAAUCAUACUGUAUCGUAAAUGUGAUUUAUCUAAAAUUAGUAUGCUAGCUUUAAUAAAUAUGUCUAAUUAA